GCAGAGAAAAAAAUUAGAAGACGAUGUAACUUUCUCGUGGAACAUUGGGGAAAUAGCACCUCUUGAGCGAUUGCCAGACCUGUGUUCAGGAAAACGGAGAAUCGCCCCGUGGAGUAAGAUAGGAUGCAGCCACGAUGCCUAAACCCCUCCUUCCUGCCCGGAAGAAGCGUUCCUUACCAGGACUUUAUACUGCGGAGAAAGGCCCACGAUUCUCCGCACACAUGUUACAUAACAGGGUCUACACUUUGACGACGCCUCAAGGUUAGGUCAAAUUAUACCAUUACGGUCGAAUUAACAUUGUCUCUGCAACUAGAUAUUCUCACAUACAACCUUACCAGAAUAAAAGCUCAAUAUGGGGAAAAGAGCAGCUUUCAUCACAGGCGGAGUCUCGGGAAUGGGCCUUGCUGUCGCCGAAUCGUUAGCCUCUCGUCCUGAUGAAGAAUGGGACCUCCACCUGGUUGAUCUCAACGAAACGGCCGGCAAGACGGUCGUCUCAUCACUCAAAAACGCACACUUCCACAAGACCAAUGUGACCGACUACAAAAGCCUCAUCUCAGCCUUUGAGUCUGCUUUCUCAACAUCUGGUCGUAUAGACUUCGUCUUCGCAAAUGCCGGGAUCGUCGAGCGCGACAACUUCUACGAGAAACAUGAUCUGAGCAAGCCACCACCAGAACCGAAUCAACUGUCGAUCGACAUCAAUCUCAAGGCUGUGGUGAACACAUGCUAUGCGGCGCUCCACUACUUCCGCAAGUCGCCAAAGCAAGACGGCCCGAGUCCCGUGCUAGUCAUGACCGCAAGUUGUGGUGGCUUAUACCCCUCGGAAUUUUGUCCCAUGUAUUCCGCAGCAAAAGCAGCCGUCAUCCAGUUCAACAAAGCUAUUUCAUUCUCGUACCACCUUGACGGGAUCCGAACAUAUGCGACAGCGCCAGGAACAAUCAAAACCAAUUUGAUGACUGGUGAGGAGUGGAAGAGCUUCCCGGAGCAGUACUUUACGCCGAUGUCGACGCUCGUCAAGGCCGUCACGCAUGUGAUCGACGGAGGCGACCUGGAGGACUCCACGGGCAAGAAGAUCAAGGCUGAAGAGGCGUUUGGCCUAACGGUGGAGGUGAAUAGGGAUAACUUUUACUUCAGAGAGAAGAAUAAGUUUUGUGACGCGGAGAUGGAGGCUAUGAUGAAGUUUACGUCGAUGGAGAACCAGUUGGCGAGGAUUGAAAAGUCAAAGGCGCAGACAAAUGGGUCAUAG